GCCGACGUCUUUCGAAGGCUGCCGCUGCUGGUGCUCGUCGUCCUCCUGCUCCUGCUGUUAGUUCUCUUCCACGUGUGUUUCGUCGGCAUCGGUCCACGACGUGGCCGCAUAAGACGAUGUUCGAAGAAGGACGUCAGUAUGGAGGGGAGGCAGGUGAUGUGCUGGUCUGCAGGGGAUCAGGGCAGUGGUCAGCGCGCUGGGCAGAGCCCAUCGAGAACUUCAAGGCCGUCGGAGCGGUCUGGGUACGCGCACCUGCCACCACACUUGCAGCCUCUGCCGGACACGUCCGACGAGGAGGAGGAGGAGAGACGCUCACUGACCGUGCCGCUGGGUAGCGGGUCCACCAAGGAGUGGGCGGCUACAGAGCUCUGUGGAAGCCGCGGCGACAGUCAUGGCCAGUCGUACAGCGAACUCCUCCAGCAGGGUCUCAGUGGUGACGAGGGCGAUGGUGGCAUCAAUCUGUCAUUCGGGUUGUGUAGCGGGAGGUCGUCGGCUGCGUCGCAAACGGUGAUCAUCAACAACCACGCCGAAGACGACGGUGGGCAGGUGACGGCUGUUGCGCGGUCGUCGAAGUCUCCAGCGCCGAUCUGGGAGGUGUCGGGGAACAACAGGGAUCCUUCGAGGCAGCAAUACCGAACGUUGUCUGUGUCGAGGGGUGCGUCGGCUCGCCCCCUGUGGAUGCAGUCUUCGUCUCCCCUGUCCGCCAAUUCCACUGCAGGCCGCCGUCGAGCCGAAUGUCGGGAGAUGGGACGUGGUGACAUGCGCAGCUUGUCCUUGAAGUAGUCUGCUGUUACGUCGUCGCAAUGCCGCAAAUCUUCCCACGUC